AGCAUCCCGGAGUAAAUUUGUAUACCUCCGAUGAUAUGUGGUCCGUCUUUCCUAAAGUAUAGAUUCAAUGAAUGACCGCCAAUGCGGUUCGUCAGUCCGACUGGGUGACUACCCCCGGCGCACCUGUUGCUUCAGAGCACAGGCAAUCCUAUAUAACGAUCACUCGCAGAGAUCCCAUACUGAGAUGGGACUGCUGGAACCGUAGCCACUAUACAGGAAUCUUCAGAAUGCGAGUUCCAGUGGUGCACAUGUUGGCCGUGCUAGCGGUAGGCUGUCUCGUUUUAACACAAGUCGACUGUAGACGAAGUCACAAAAGACGUCACCGAGAUCGGUUCCCACUGAACGCCACAGAGACAUUCACGGCCAUACCUUCUCGAGGCCCUUUCAUGACAAAACUAGUUCCCGAUAGGCACAAAAGCGCAAUUAAAGGAAGCAGAAAGGCAGUUGUUGUGACGAAAAAGACCUAUUUGAGAAAGGAAUGGUGUAAAACACAGCCCCUAAAGCAGGUAAUACGGGAAAAGGGUUGUUUGAGAACGACUGUGUUAAACAAUUUCUGCUAUGGCCAGUGCAAUUCUUUCUUUGUUCCAAAAUCCGACAAAAAGGAUCAAGGACCAGCAGCGUUUAUGUCAUGUGGUUUUUGCAAACCGCGUCACUUCAGGACAAUUCUUGUAACCCUCCGCUGUCCUGGAAAGAAGGGCAUGCGCUUCAAGAGGAAAAGAAUCCAGGGGAUCAAGAAGUGUCGCUGUAUGGCACAGGACGUCAGUUUUCCCUGAAGAUAAACCAGAAAGGAUUUGAUGAGACUGUGUGACGGUGGGGUUUGAAAUCCCAGCGUUUGUGAAUCUCAGGGCAACAGAAAAGUAAUGUCUGCUACACAGACGACACACUCUGCUCCGGUGCACGGCUACUUGUGUAAGUGCACGGACAAUCUAUAGUGCUACUAAGAUACACUGGAGAAACAUUAGCGCUACCUGAAAACACUGAGCUGAGAAAUCCUCUAGUGUAGUACAAUGCGGGUUAGCGCUAUCUCUGUGUCGUCGCUUCAUAGGAUUACUGAGUGAACGUUGAAUCGUCUGCAGCGUUUUUGGCGCCAAACUGUUCUGUAUCAGGGUCGCGCAGACCGACUCUCAAGUGCCGCAGAAGGGGAGUCAAGUACGGAUUGGAGCUCCCCCGAUAUAUGUGUACAUUUGAGAAGCUUCUUCAAUAACCACACUCGACUUCCACAAUACAGGUCUAAGACAUUGUGGGGCAGCGAGAAGAGCGAGCUAUUGUCGUCUGCUCGGGGACGGUGGCUUGGCACGAAGGCAGGUAAAGGACAUUGAAACGAAUAUGAAUGUCCAUGCUAUCCAUGGACCGAACAGAGACAUAUUAGUGCUGCCCUCUGGUGGCAGUGGCCGUGACUUGAGAGUAUCCUGAAAAGACAUGAUUUGAGAUCCCAGGACUUACGUACCAUGUUGAUGGCAUUUAGAUUCAAAGCCGUAAUAUGCAUUUUACAUUCGCUAAUAAUCUCUCGAGACUUAAGUGAUUGAGCGAAAUUUGACAAACUGUUUGGCUGUUCAAGUUCUCAAGAAAAAGUGCACAACUUCUUCAACAGAACUAGAUAUCACGAUUCAUGCAGAAAUGACAUACUUGUUGAUCUAUGCGACCUAAAAUGCUUAAUUUAUUUACUUUCAAUGAGAAUGUUUGGGAUUAAGGAGUUGGCGCCAAAUGUCACGAUUUUUUGUGACGUGGGUAGUGGUUUGAGUGACGUCAUGAGGUGCUGAACGCUAUGUGAGACUGUGAUAUAAUAUAUCGCUGUUGUGCAAUCUCUCAUUGGACCAUGGGAUCAGAAUGGUGUACAUUUGUAUAUAUUAAUCUUAAUGAUGUUAUAUGGUAUUUAUGUCGAUUUGAAUAUAUAUACUGUCUCAAAUGUUGUUUAUGUUUCUUGUCUUCAGGGAAUGGAAUAAAUUUCCUGAUUAUGUC